GUAUCUGUUUUUUUCCCGGGAAAAUUUUGGUUAGUUUGAUAGAAUGUGGGGAGGCGCAGCUGAGCCAGCAGAUUCUUAUUACCAAGUUCGUCCCGAGUGCACCGAUGUGCCCAAGACCAGAUUCAGAAUCAAGCCUGGAAAAACUCUAAGUGUAAGAAAAUGGCAGGCUGUAUUUGUACAAGAAGGGUCUCUCGAUAUUGGCAAGACUCUAAGACGAAUCCGAAGAGGGGGAAUCCAUCCAUCAAUUAGAGGCGAAGUAUGGGAAUUCCUACUUGGUUGUUAUGACCCGAUGAGCACAUUCGAAGAAAGAGAGCAAAUUCGACAACGCAGAAGAUUGCAGUAUGCUUCUUGGAAGGAGGAGUGUAAGCAAAUGUUUCCUGUCAUUGGAAGUGGAAGAUUUAUUACCGCACCUGUAAUUUCUGAAAAUGGUCAACCCAACUAUGAUCCUCUUGUACUUCAAGAAAUAAAUUUAGGUACAAACUCAAAUGGUUCAGAUUUUUUUAAAGAGCUCACAAGUCGUGGACCUCUCGAUAAGAAAGUUGCCCAGUGGCUGCUAACACUUCACCAGAUAGGUCUUGAUGUGAACCGUACAGACAGGGCCUUGGUAUUUUAUGAGAAAAAGGAGAACUUAUCGAAGCUCUGGGAUAUUCUGUCUAUUUACGCCUGGAUAGACAACGAUGUCGGGUAUUGUCAAGGAAUGAGUGAUCUUUGUUCCCCAAUGAUUAUUCUUCUUGAAGACGAAGCUGAUGCCUUUUGGUGUUUUGAACGGCUUAUGCGUCGAUUGCGAGGAAAUUUCCGUAGCACCGGGAGAUCUGUUGGAGUUGAAGCUCAACUUACUCAUUUGUCUUCGAUUACUCAGAUUGUUGACCCCAAACUUCACCAACAUCUAGAUAAACUGGGGGGAGGUGACUAUCUCUUUGCCAUUCGGAUGCUAAUGGUUCAAUUCCGAAGAGAAUUCUCAUUUUGCGACUCUCUGUACCUUUGGGAGAUGAUGUGGGCCCUCGAGUAUGAUCCCGAUCUUUUUUAUGUAUACGAGGCACAUCAGUGCGGGAGUGAGAAAACCGAAGGGUUAAAAGGUAAACCGAAGUCAAUUAAGCAAUGUGGAAAGUAUGAGAGGCAAAACAUGAGGAAUGGAGGGAAAAGUGCAGAAGGUCCUUUGCCUAUAUCGGUAUUUCUAGUGGCCAGUGUCUUGAAAGACAAGAGUUAUAAGCUAAUGACUGAAGCUCGUGGACUCGACGAUGUUGUUAAGAUACUUAACGACAUGACUGGGAACUUGGAUGCCAAGAAAACAUGUUCUGGGGCCAUAAAAAUUCACAAGAGAUAUCUAAGAAAGGCUAAGAAAUAGCAUUGGUGAACAUUCAUGAUUCUGCUGCCGAAUCAUGAGAAGCUUUUUGAUUGGCUAUAUUCCACAGUUUGAUAUGAAAAGAUCUGGGGAGGAACCGACGUUCUCUAUCGUUUUUUUUCUAACGAUUCUAUGGGUGAAAAGUAAGCUGGAUGAAUCUUGGAGCCUUGAAUCACCCUUA